CCACGCCUCACCUGCCACCUUCCUUGCAGUUGCAACUGCAAUUUCCCCUGCAACUGCAAAGCCCUCCUGGCUCUCCCACUCCCAGCAUCUCUACCUCUAUAUAUGCUGGCUGACUUGUCUGUCUUCAACCGAGUGAAGAGUGUCGACAAGGCAACGCAAGAUCCCAACCAAUCCAGCGACAGUUAACUGCCUGCCAAGAACACGAGGCAAGCUCGCCGAUGGAGCAACCGACGGACAUGGAGAAGAAGGACGCGUCGGCCCUCCAGAGGAGCCUCUCCGCCGUCACCUACUGCUGCGGCGCGUGCGGGUACGACCUGCGGCUGCGGUCGUCGGACCGGAACACGGCGGGGAUCGUGGGCGGCGGGUACGGCCGCGCGGCGCGGCGCGGGGUGGUGCCCUUCGACGCCAUCGACGACGCGCGCUUCGGCCACGCCGACGAGUUCCGCUGCGUCGACGUGCGCGCGCGCAGGCUCUUCGUGCGCCGCACCCGACUGCUCUGCCGCAAGUGCGGCGCCAGCCUCGGGUUCGCCUACGACGACCGCGCCGGCGACGCCAGGUCCCCGCGCUACGACAUCAAGAUCCGCGCGCUCCAGCCGCUGGCCUCCGCCGCCGAUGAUGACGGCGGCAGCGCCGACAUGGCCACCUCGCCGCCCGGGCCAUGAUUGAUUCCUUCCCGUCUGCUCGAUGCUGUUGAGUUGAGAAUUGAGAUUCUUGUCUUGCUCCUCCUUUUUCCUGACGCGUUUGCUGCUGUUUUUUACCUGCACAAGUCGCUGUCGCCCGUGUUUCCGUCUGCAGGCCGCUCUCGCUUGCAUCUCAAGAAAUGUACAAAUCGACGCUGACCCCCACUUUUCUUUGUAAUUUUUUUAUAUUCAAAAGAAAAGUGAUUUGAUUUGAGGGAGGUUGGGCACGGCGGCACCACCGCCGCCACCAAGCUCCCCCACCCUCUCCCAGCCACGCCACCACCAGAGCCAGCCGCGGAAGCUCGUGUGGCGGCGGCGAGGCCCUCCUUCCCCUCCUUCCCCACUUAGCCCCAACAUGGUCGUGUCUCCCUCCAUCGGUAGAGGUCGUCGGCGGCGCCAAAGGCUGAAUUCAUCCUCUCGGUUGUCGGAUCUGCCACGCCCCUCGCUAGAUCUGCCUACUACUUGCUAGGAUUGGUCUCCUGUUCGUCAGAGUCACCAUGGUUGCCAUCAGAGGAGCUUCGGCGGGCUGCGCGUGGCGGCCGUGGGCUGCUAGCCCCCCACCCGCUCCGCCCGUCCGGCCACCGCCGCAGGCGCCCACGGGCCGCGUCGGCGGUGGCCUCCUCUUCUCCCCCGGCAAACCCUAGGUCGCCUCCGUCGGCUUGCCUAUCGCCGACCGUCGCCGCUCUUUCUCUCUCUGGCCAGCUCAGUCACUGGAUCCACCGUCUGGGUCCCGAUCUGUGCGUCUUGGGCCAGGACUUGCCGUCCGGGAGUGGUGGCAGUCCCCUGGCCGCCGGUCGCCUCCCGGUGGCCGGCAUGGCGCAAGGUCGCUCCUCCCCCUCUUCAUCGGAUUCGCUGGCCACCAUCUUCCCCGGGCUCCCCUGAC